AUGUCUCCAACAAUGGCAGUGCUGACAACUGAUGAGAAUGGGGAAAGUCAGUACCAGAAUGGAGUGAAGCGGUUGUACGAGAGUGGAAUAAGCAAAGUUCCAAGCAAGUACGUAUUGCCCAUUUUGGAUCGACCCAAUUCAAGUGACCAGAAACCAAAUGUGUCCAACCAAAAUCUCAAGCUCCCCGUCAUUGAUUUCAAGGAAUUGCAGGGUCCAAAUAGAGCCCAAGUCCUCAAGUCCCUGGCUAAUGCUUGUGAGCAAUAUGGCUUCUUUCAGUUGGUAAACCAUGGCAUUCCGAGUGAUGUUAUAAGCAGCAUGAUCGACGUGAGCACAAGGUUCUUCGAGCUCCCUUUUGAGGAGAGGGCCAAGUACAUGUCCUCGGAUAUGCAUGCUCCUGUUCGAUACGGAACUAGCUUUAACCAGAACAAAGAUAAGGUGUUUUGCUGGAGAGACUUCUUGAAGCUAAUGUGCCAUCCUUUACCAGAUGUCCUUCCUCAUUGGCCUUCUUCACCGGUGGAUAUGAGGAAAUUGGCGGCUACCUACGCACAAGAAACCAAAUACUUAUUCCUAAUGCUAAUGGAAGCCAUCUUUGAGAGCUUACGACUGGUGGGAACCACAGAGAACAACACGACAGAAGAAGAUGAGAUGUUAAAAGAAUUCCAAGAUGGAAGCCAGCUAAUGGUUGUCAAUUGCUACCCGCCAUGCCCCCAACCGGAUCUAACCCUAGGGAUGCCUCCCCACUCUGAUUAUGGCUUUCUCACACUUCUUCUCCAAGAUGAAGUUGAAGGACUUCAAAUCCAAAAACAAGAUCAAUGGGUCACCGUUGAACCAAUGCCCAAUUCUUUUGUGGUCAACGUUGGUGAUCACCUUGAGAUAUUUAGCAAUGGAAAAUACAAGAGUGUUCUACAUAGAGUCUUGGUGAAUUCUACAAAAGGUCGAAUUUCAGUGGCCUCUUUGCAUACUCUAUCUUUCAUGCGAUCAGUUGGACCGUCGCCCAAACUUGUCAAUGAAUCAAAUCCAAGGCUUUACAAGGACACUGAUUUUGCCAGCUUCUUAGAGUAUAUUUCAUCUCGUGAGCCUAAGAGGAAGAAUUUCCUUGAGUCUAGGAAAUUAUUUACUUAA